AUGAGCAAAGCUUAUUUGGCUGUGAAGAAUUUUAAGUGGUCCGAGAUGGUUAAUUUGCUUGCUUAUGGAGUGAAGCAUCCUGACACUCUCUCAUAGACUCAAAGAAUUACCAGAUUAUACAGGGCAACCAUAAGGAGACAUUACACUUCCCAAUUGGAGAAUUUCAAGGGCGAUCAAAUUAGAUUCUAUAACGAGAUGCAAGUGGCCCAAAAAGAUUUUAAUAGAUUAUAGGAAUUGAAUAAUAAUUAUGCAAAUUUGAAUCAAGAGUAGAAGGUUGAAUUUACAUAAUUGGAAAGCAAGUGGGUCAAUUGGUUAGAGACCAAUUAUGAUGCAUUUUUAUACAUCGAUGAGUGUCGACCAUAUUCAAGCACCUCGACCAGAUAUAUUGUUUACACAGAUAAAUAAUUGAAUUUCGAUCCCUUGGGCUUCUACAAAUCAAGACCAGUUAAUGAUGGUAAAUUUGAUCCCCACCUGCCCUAUUUCAGAGAUUACCCAUACAACGAGUCAUGGUGGAACAUGAAUGAAUCAUUCCCAUCAGAUUUCGAUGAUACACCAUCAAAAAAUCAUUGAUUUAUUGCAUUCCAGAUAAUAAAUAAAACAAAAUACAAAAUUCUAUUU